AUCGAUCAGUCAAUUUGGUAGAGAGAAGAUAAGAGAUAUAUAAAUAUAUUAUAUAAAGAGCCUGACUGAUCAGCCUAAUUAGCAAAGAGCAAAAUACCGCCGGCCAUACGUAUAUGUCUAUGAUGAACACUAUUAUUAAUGGUGAUGGUGGUGGUGCUGCUGCUGCUUCUGCUGCAAGUGCAAGGGGUACUGUUAGCAAGAGAGUCCCCGGGAUGCCAUUGAUCAGUGGACGGAACAAGGACAGAGAUCAUGAAGAUCUUAUUCUAUUCCGGGAGUUGCACAAACGCCAAAAAGAACGAAAUAUUCUCAGCCUCCUCCAACCUGUUUCUGAUGAGUUUGAGCCCACUGGAAAUUAUCAGCUCUACAGAACUGCAGCUGCCCAGAAAGGAUCUGGAUUUGAAUUUCUUGCUGAAAACGACAAGAACGAUUAUGAUUGGUUGAAAACACCUCCCGCCACUCCUCUUUUUCCAUCUCUAGAAAUGGACACAAAUGGACCUGAACUCGUCAUUCAAAGGGAAAUACCAAUCCUCCAGCCUCUUUCACGGUUUGCAGGUGGCAAUUGCAACUCAGAGACAGUUGAGCGAAGAAAUGGCCAUGGGAGGCCAAAAUCUCCACACCCAAAACAGGAAAUCCCCGUCAUGAUCCCAAGCCAAAGACGAAGUAGCAGCAGCAGCACAGUAUCAUCGAACGUUAACGCCCAAACAAAAAACAGUAGCAAAGCAAGAGCAAGAGCGGUACCAGCAGUAGUUAAUCAUCAUCUCAACCAGAAAGCAGCCGUUGAGUCUGACGGUGACCUCGCAAGAUUAAAAAGGUCAGCAAAUAAUAAUAAUAAUAAUAAUAAUAAUAUGGUCAAUGAAAGUAGUAAGGCCAAUAAUAUCGACCAAAAAGAUGGAAGCCGUAGUAGUACUAGUGGUGCAGCUGCUGCAGAUUUUGUUUCGUCGAGCAGGGCCAUAGAGGAAGGAGUGAAAAUGGUAUAUUCAAAAGCAAAGCCAACAACAGCUAGUAGUACAAGCACUAGAAGAGGUGGAGUCUCCAUUGUGUCAUCGUCGACUCAAAUUGCGGCUGGCAUUUGUAACGAAAAACCUCCUCCUAAUCUGAGGACAGAACAACGCUCGACAUCUGCUAGCACCACACGAGGACGAGGUCGAGCCAGCGCGUCGACGCACCAGAUACAGAAAGCAGCUGAUCAUCAUCAACCUGCCGCAAAACUAUUACCAAGGAGGCAAUCAUGCUCACCAAGCGUCUCUAGGGGUCGGAAAGUAGUGGAGGUGCAGGAGGAGGCUACUACUACUAGUCUAAAAGGAAGAAUUCAAUUUCAAACAGGAAAUGGAACGCAAGUUUUGGGAAGUAGAAUGGUGCAGAGAGUGAUGAAUGCUAGAAAAUCAGUUACUCGUGAAUGUCGUCAUGAAGAAAAAGAUCAUAAAAAGCCCAAUUCACGGUUUCCCAUUCGUGAAAGCUCUGGUUUUGGAAGAAUAUUGCACGGCACGGCACUGCCUAAUUAAUUUAA